AUGGUGGAAACGGUGAGACAGAGCCUCGUCAUCCAUUUCCACGACGUUGGCUCCGUCUACUCUAUUAAUGCCCCACACCCAGGCAUUCCAAGACGGUCCUACGGGAAGGUCCGGCUGACGGAAGUCGUCAACCUGUAUUCCCUUGCCGAUGACGACGAUGUCGAUCAUAUUGGCGAUUUUAAACCUUCCUCCCCUCGUUACGACAAGGAUGGUCCAAUCAACGGUGGUGAUGAUGACGACGACGGCUAUCUCAACGCCGCCGCCGCUUCCAACAGCCUGGCUCUCUUCUCGGCGCCCCCCCCUCCCCCCCCCGGCGGGGCGGCUAAAUCCAACCGGUCAUGGCUGCGUUAUAUGGCCCGCCUUGCUAUAUCUGCCGCCCUUUUCUUCUUUGCCGCCACGGCUUUGGCGUCUGCUUCGCUGCCGGCCUUUCAACGCCAUGUCACCCUCGCCAUCCCUGUUCACCGACCCAUCAAUAAUCUUCUCCAUGCCUACAACCCUCUGGAUCUAAUACUAUUUUCAGAUAUCAAACAAGACUUGUACCCCGAGAGAGAACGUCAUUCCCUCGCCCUCGUGCGCCGCCUCAAAAGCAUCACCGACUUGAACUUUGACUUUGACGCCGACAACAGUCCCCCGCUGCAAGUGUGUACCGCUGUCCUUACUCGGCUCGUAGACGCCGUCGACCUCCUUGUCAAUAUCAACGCAACGAUUUCGCCCACCGCCAUCCAUGUCUACUACCUCGGGCAAUGGCUCGCCGAGGGGAUCCUCAGUCUUGAUGCGAAAGUUCCCCCCUCCUCCGAUUACAUGGACUCGCCGCUGGCUCCAAGCGUCACCGUCUUCAAAACAUAUGCUCUGCCCUGCCUUACCGACCCGGAGCCAACGCGUGCCGAUUUUACAUUAGUUGACGACCCGACAAAGUCUUCGAGGGUCCUUUCGCAGCGGAUAACAUCUGCACUGAAGCAAGACGAAGAUCUACGCGUUGCGUUGGUCGCGGCGAACGCCGUCCCACCAUUGUCCAUGCCCCCUCGGGACCUCAGAGACGACAGUCAAGGCGAAGCAGAAACGGCAGCCCCGUUGUGGAACUCGUCGUCGCUGCACGGCUGGACGGGCUCUCACAACCAGCUGGCAAUUCGUUUGUACGACAUCUCCCUCGGUUGCAUUGCCACGCUUUGCCGUUUCGAGGAUGCGGAUGAGGAAUGGCAAGAUAAGGAAGACAAGGAAGACAAGGAAGACAGGGAAGAUGAACAUAGGAACGACAGCGGCUUCAUGCCUCCACCAAUUACCUUAUUGCCACCGACUUUAGAGCCCCAGCGCCACGGCCAAGACCCAGCCGCACUGGUUACUGCCCCAUGGCACAAGUGGAUUCUCUCAUCGACGACCAUCACGCUCGAACCCGACGCCAUCGAAUUGAAUCAAGCCAUGGAUUGCCUAGAGUCACAGCUUGCAUGCUGCAGUCGCUCCAGGUCGCCCCGGGCGGCCCACCUUCGCAACAUUCACGCGGCGUUUGACCUUCUCGUCAAGGUAAAGGCGGAGAAGGCAGGCAAUGAGGCGGACGCAGGGUCCAGAAAAGGGCACAUGGGCCACUCUCCGUGGAAGUUCAGCAUCUACCAUCUGCUUUUAUGUUUCUUCCCUCGGGACUCCACGGCGACAGCGGAGACACAGAAACAGAGCGCGCCUCCCGAGCCUAUCGGUGUGAGGAUUUCUGCCCGCCCCGAGUUGGCCCGCGAGUGGACUAGUUUGUGGUCUGGUAUGUAUGUUCCCAUUUGCCUGUCGUUCUCGGCACACUGCAGGCAACGUAUCCGAGACCGCGACAUCAGCAUUGCCACGCUCGAGGGCCUGCUUCACGAACCCGAGUGGCAGCUCUACAUAAGAAACAUCAAGGAAAACCGCAAGGCUAAGCAUUGGGCUUCGACAGCAACGUCCGAGGUCGGACGACGGCACCGUAUGAUGGACAUGUUUAUGGAGUUGUUUUUAUCCACUAUUCUACCGCCUUCUCUUGGAUCCUUUACCUGCCAUGCUAACCCGUUGACUACGUCGAAGUCGGCUGGCCAGACCAACCCCGACGCGUGCAAACGGCGCACGGCAGGUUAA